GUCUGGUUCAGGGCUUGGUAUAAUUUUAUCCUUUAUUUAGAAAGAAGAAAUUAUUAUAUUAUUAUGACAAGCUUCAAGAUUUUUAACUCAAUAUCACUGAUUAAUUACCUCAUUCUCUAAUUUUCUGAUCUUGAUAUUUUUGCAACCUGAUGUAAUUUGAUAAUUCAAACUAUGAAUUCUACAAGAUCAGUCUACGUUUUGAAAAAUCUUUUUACCCCAUCACGUCACAUCGUUAUUUGGAAUAAGAAAAUUAGAGUUUGCGGGAAGUGACGCGCGAUUUGGAUGAAAAUGUAUCGAAGGGAAUGUACACGUUAUUUUAAGUAACCAUCCAUGGAAAGAUGUCCAUUCCCGAUCCACGCCUGUACCCUUAAAAGCUCUGUCUGUUAAUGUAUGAAUAAAUAUCAAUAUUUAUAAUUUGAAAACUGAUUAUUUUCUAUUGUGGUUUCUUCUACUGCAGGAAAGCAUAAAUAAAUUCUCAGAAUUAUACAAUUUCCCACAUUAUCUUUAUCGGGCAUUGGAAUCACUUGAAAGCACACUUCCUUUAUGUAUGAUGAUUGGAUUAAUUAAGUCAUUCUCAGAACAAAUAUUAGAUAUCUGUUUCUGCAAUGUUAUUUUUCUAUUUUGCUUCAUUUUUCUCAAAAUAGCGUAUACCACAACACGAUAACUUUAACUAAAGUUUUCCGAAGAAAAGUUGGACUAGUAGAAAUCUUGGGAAAACCCUGAAAUUUUUCAGAUGAUAAAAGAUGGAAGUUCCGAAUGGAUGGAUGAGAAGAUCAGUUCUGAUCUACAGACGGAUUACAACCAGAAGAUUUUAGCAGUUGAUACUAAACUGACUAGGUUUAGAAUUACGGACCCACACUUCAGACAGAUCUAUAUAACAAGAAGAAUGCAGCUUCUGGCAGGUUUAAACAGCAAGAAGAAACAGGAUAAUAGCGAGGAUUUCCAACCUGAGAAAAAACAGGAGAAAAUCAAGGGUUUCCAAACAGAGAAGGAAACCAAAGACGAAUGUUUUGGCGGAGGAAGAACUAGUUCAGACGAGGUGGAUGAGCAAGAUAUGAAGGAGAAGAUGAAGGAAAAUGAUCAAAGUAGGAUGGAGAAUACUGAAGGAGUUAAUCUUGAAGAAGAAGAAUUAAGAGGAAAUACUACAGGAGAAAUCACCCUAACUGAGACGGUAGAUCAAACCUGGACGGAAAAAGAUGACCUUGAAAAUGUUCUCAAGAACUGUGAAUGCUGCACUAGUGUACCUGAACCUGAGUGUACAAGGAGGUCUAUAGGAUACCUUCAACUCAGAGCUCUAUUGCUGAAAAGGAAGAUCAAGGUUCUUGACACCCUGGAUAUGAAAUCAAACCAGAGUUCUACAUUUUCUCUCUCUGUUGGAGAGUCAAGGAAUCCUAGAUAUAAACCAAGAAGAGUAUCCAUGUCUUUAGUUCUUCCAAUCAAUCAUUUGACGGAAGAGUAUGAUUUCCAGGGUCUGCAUCAUGUGUCGGAUAUUCAUCGUGCUCCUGUGACCCAUCUAAUGUUUGCACACAACGAGAACUCUCAACUGAUAUCUGCAUCACUAGAUGGCAAUAUCUCAGUUUACAAACUUGACGAAAACCCACCGUGCGUCUCACAUACACUAACUGGACAUGCCCAGGGUGUAACGGAUUUUGAUAUCUCUACGAGUAAUCAACUGCUGGUUAGCUCGUGUCAGGACGGAUCCUUGUAUCUGUGGAACCUGAGCACUGGAGAACUCCUGAGACGGGUUUCUGUCUCCAGGAGCCCGCUUCUAGCCUGCAAGUUCCUUCCUGGAAAUAAUAAUCUUGUUGUCUGCGGAUCUAGCGGAGGUGCUGUACAACUGAUCAAUAUAUCUACCGGAAUAUGUCCUGUCUCAGGUUCAAGUUUUAUUCCUGGGUCUGCUCUGAGUCUGGCAGCGGAUUCCCAGGAGAGUUUAGUCUGGGCAGGAUCAGAUAGAGGAACUAUCAUAGCUUUCAGGGUCAACCUACAGCAGGGUAAACUGUUGAAAGGGCAUCGGCACAGAAUAAUUGAUGAUGGAAUAUCAGAACCUGGAGAGUCUGCUGACCGGUCAACCGGUAGAAUCACGUGUUUAUCUUCUAGACGGUCACAGAGUACUGGUAGAACUAUGCUGCUAGUAAACCAGAGUACGAACCUACUCCUGAUCUACCAGGUUCAGGAUAACAUGGGAUCUCUCCAGAUUUAUAGAAAAUACAACACCAACCACUCCAACCUUAAUAUCAGGUCUGUAUUCUGUCCUCUGAUUGCCGGGAGGACGGGAGAUUGUGUAGUUUCAGCCUCCGAGGACGGAGCUGUUUAUUUCUUCCAGCUCAACAAACAGGAUAGAGCUUGCAUAAACAAACUACAGGCGCAUUCCUGUCCUGUGUUAGCGGUUAGUUUCAACUCUGAUGAGAGCUUUCUUGCAACAUCUGACCAGAGCGGACUAAUCAUUGUUUGGAAGCGGUAGACUAUUAUAUAUAGUGUUUAUUAAGUACCAUGUUCGAUUCACAACUGUGCCCUGAAAAGCUAUGUUCGAUCAAGCAUCCACCAUCUUCUCGUUAAAAACCUGAUCAUUUUCAAUUGUGGUUUCUUUUUAAAGUGAUUUGUGGAUUUUUAUUCUCAAAAAAAAAUGAGGAAAUUGUCCGAACUACAACACUUCCCAAGCUAGAAACACUACGAUAUCUUCCACAUAAUUGAUCAGAUACGGUUUUGAGGGGUACAGUUGUGAAUCCCCCAUGCCUCCUUUAAAUUGAAUUGAAAUUACAACUAAAUAGCACAAUAUUUAGCUAUAACUUACAGAAAACACUAUUUUUAAUGUACGGAAAACCCCUCGAUUCUCCCAUAUUUAGACAAUACAAAGUUUUUAUAAUAUAUUUAUUAAAAGAUAAAACAACAGUAUUUACCUAAUCUAUACACAGUUUACAGAUAUGUGAU